AUAUAUAUAUAGCUAAUAUAUAAAGCUAUAUUUUUUAUCUAGUAUAACAGAACAUGUUUUUCCAUAUUAAAGGGGGUCCUGGUCAAGUGAUUGUGAUGGUAGGGUUACCAGCUAGAGGGAAAACUUACAUUGCUAAAAAACUAACAAGGUACCUGAAUUGGAUCGGAGUUAGCACUAGAGUAUUCAAUGCUGGAGACUAUAGGAGACAAGCACAUGUGGAAAUGGCUAAGAAACCGAAACAUUCAUUCUUCGAUCCAAACAAUGCCGAAGCAUCAGCCAUUAGAGAGGCUUGUAUGGAGGCAGCUUUAACGGAUGCUAUGGAUUUCCUGCGGGACGGAGGAGGGAAGGUUGCAAUAUUUGAUGCUACGAACACUACAAGAGAACGGAGGAAGAUAGUUUAUGAUAAAAUCGUGAAUCAGAACGGACUCAAGUGUAUGUUUCUUGAAAGUAUUUGCAAUUCUGAUAAUAUUGUGGAAUCUAACGUGAGAGAAGUUAAAGUACACAGUCCAGAUUAUAAAGGAGUUGAUGCUGAGGAGGCCAUCUCUGAUUUCCUUGAGAGAAUAAAACAUUAUGAGGAUAUCUAUGAACCUAUCUCUGAGGAUUCUGAAAACCAUUUUGCCUUUAUAAAGAUAUUCAAUGCUGGGGAGAAAUAUGUUAUUCAUAAACAUGAAGGAUAUUUACAGUCUAAGAUAGUUUACUGGAUAAUGAAUGUACAUAUUACCCCUAGAACUAUUUAUCUAACAAGACAUGGAGAAUCUAUGUACAAUGUUACAAACAGGAUUGGAGGAGAUUCAGACCUGACAUCUCGUGGUCAGCAUUAUUCCCUUGCUUUGUCCUACUUCUUCAACCAACAUGUUAUUCCAGGACUCAGAGUUUGGACUUCUUGGUUAAAGAGGACAAUACAGACUGCAGCUCAUAUACAAGCUCCACAGGAGAGAUGGAGAGCUCUGAAUGAAAUAGAUGCUGGAGAUAUGGAGAACCUGACAUAUGACGAAAUUGAAGAGAAGUUUCCAGAAGAGUUUAAAGCUCGAGAUCAGUGUAAACUAACCUAUAGAUAUCCUAGUGGAGAGAGUUACCAGGAUCUAGUGGCUAGGCUUGAACCUGUUAUGAUGGAACUAGAAAGACAAGGGAAUGUUCUUUUAGUUGGUCAUCAAGCAGUUCUCAGGUGUAUCCUGGGAUAUUUCCUGGAUAAACCUCUAGAAGAACUUCCCUACAUCAAGGUUCCCCUGCACACUCUUAUAAAACUAACUCCCCAAGCUUAUGGUUGCGAAGCUGAGUUUAUCAGGUUUCCAAUCGAAGCCAACGACACCUACAGGCCUAAAGGAAGCUUCUGACCUAACCCGUCCCUAUCCUAUAUCUUUCCCUAAGAUCCCCUGAAAUGCCCCCUGAAGUGCAUUUUAGAGAAUUAGAUUCUCCGGCCCCAACAAUUGUAAAGGUACUCAAUUCUCCUUGAGAUAGAAGAAUAUCUGCCCGUAUCUAAUUCUAUCCCCGGAGCAAACAAUCCCAUUCUCCUUCAAUACUUCAAGCAUAUCUUUCUUCAACAUGAAGUUUAGCGAUGUUCUCUUUUUAGUGAUGAUUCAUAGAUUUUCCAUCUUUUAUAAUCGUAUACCAACUCUACCAACAGUGAUAACUGAGCCCUGCACUGUAUCGGCUGAACCCUGCACUGUAUCGGCUGAACCCUGCACCGUAUCGGCUGAACCCUGCACCGUAUCGGCUGAACCCUGCACCGUAUCGGCUGAACCCUGCACCGUAUCGGCUGAACCCUGCACCGUAUCGGCUGCCGUUUGUAUUCCUUCUCAAAAACCGGUUUAAAUUUAAUACCAGUGUAAGACUAUUUUUAUCAUAACAUAACAAUGAUAUAUUUCUAAGAAACAAAAUGGUAAAAUUUAAUGAAGGAUAAAAACCACAUUUAAACAUUUAAAGUAUUUACAUAUUUUAAUUUGAAGUAUUUUUUUAACUUAAGAUCAAAAUGAUAGUCUGAUAUGUUAGUUUUAAACUCUUGAGAAUCAACCUUUACAUUGUUAAAAGAACAAUGCAUAAUUUUAUAAUCUCUAUACAAGCAAACUAUUAAUAUGCCUUCCACUCCUAAAAGAUUGCUCAAAGAAAUAAAAAUGCAAUGGAAUAAUGAUCUUUAUUUUUGGCACGCAUCAACACAUCAAAAUGUUAGCUUUUUUACAAAAUUUAAACAAAUGGAUUUGGAAAAAUAUUUUAUUUGCAGAGUUAAAAUGUAAAGUUUGGAAAAUUCGUUUAGUUAAAAUCAACAGAUUUUUGAAUUCAAAUUUGUUUUAUGGUUUUAUAUACUUAUAUCUUUGUUGCAUCUGAAGUUUCCAAAAAUAUUAAUAUUAUCAGGGAUAAUUAAGAUCUGCAGUUUUAAGAAGAACGUUAACCAGGGUUGAACAUUUCCAAAACAACUCCUUUUAUUUAUUUUUGUAUUUUCUCAUAUUAUUUGCUAAAUUGUGAUGAAAAUACUCUUGAAUUUCAUGUUUUUAUUAUAUUUAAUUUUAUAGUUGAAAGUCAAAAUAUUUCUUUUCUUUUUAUAAUGAUAAAGAUCUGAUCUAUUGCAAUGAGGGAGCUCAUUCUAUUAAUUAGUUUUCAGUAGUUUACAUUUCUUCAUAUUCUGAAAUAUUUUAACUUGAAGAUUUAUUUAUCGGAACUAGCUUUUUAACGAUUGUAAAUGUACUCUUUUGUUAUUUGUACAAGUAUUGUACCGUACAAUAUAUAUAGAUGAACAAGCAUUUUACGGUACAGUACAGUGCAGUACAGUAUAGUUAAUGGGGUACAGUAGUAGCAUAUUGUUAAUUUUUUAUCUAAUUUUAAUAUCUCCAUGGUUCAAAUGUAAUUCUAAUCUUUAAAAAAUCGAUAUCAUAUAAUAUGCUUCCAUUUACAGUAACUAUAUUUUUAACCUACAUUUAAAUAUAUUUUUGUAUUUAUAAUUAGUAAAAUGUAUAUUAGUCGAACUAGAUGAAAAAUAAAACAUGUAUUCA